AUGAACCGUACUUUAGGUGAAGGGAAGGUUAACAGGGUAGGUUUUCAUGUUAGAACCAUCAAACGCAGUUUUCCUUCUAUUCAGAUUGCCAAGAAAAAUGCGGUUAUUGAACAUGAACGCGUCGGAGAAGUUUAUUUCCCGCUAGCUGCGGCUAAUGUGUCUUCGCCGUGUACUGACUUACGGGAAAAGUUUCAGGUAUGUAAUUAGUUUUUUUUUUCUCAAAAAUUAGUACGGGUUUUGAGUUAAAAUAAUGAAAUUUCAGCCUGAUGAAACGGUUAUUUUUACUGCGCAAAAGCAUGAAGAUAAUGGUAAUGCGCGAUAUGUUGCUAGUUCGGUUGUUAAACGACGUGAAUUAAUAAAUUGUACUGGAAGAAUAACUGAGAUUUGUGAGAAGUGGGUUUUUAAAACAUUUUUCAAAAGUCCCAUCUGGAAAUUUAGAUUUUGUUACGUUGAAGCUCGAAAAUAUGGGCGUGUUUUUGUUCCAUAUUCUGCAAAAGAUUCUUGUUUAACGAAACCUUGGCUUGGAAAAGGAGCGGUUGCCAAUAAACCAUGUACUUUGAAGGUUCGUUCAUUUUGAAAUUCAUUUUCAGCGGCCUAAUAUAUUAGACGCAUCUGUCUCGAUAACGUUUUUCUUCUUUUAAAUGUGUUCCAUGAAUUUGGGGCUCUUCUCAUUGUAGCGAAGACAUUUCCGUAACGUCUUUGCUCAAGAAGAAAAAUCACUUUAAUGAAUUUUUAACGGCGUUAUGUAGUUGACCAACCGUAUAGGUCACAAUUAUAUAGUGGAGAUUUUUGCAGAUAUUCCGACAGCCUGAUAUCAAUCAAUGUAAAUAUGUUGCGUGGAGUAUUUCAAUAAAUGAAAAAGAGGAAGUUAAUCGUACACAUUUGUCCAGUUUGUCUUUGUCGAACGGCGCCUCGCCUAACGGUAUGACCAAAUUGGGAAAUACCAAUGGUCAGCUGCGAGGUGCUGAGAAGCAACCGGACAAGGCCACCAGCCAGGUUCCUUCAAUCUUCAUUUCUUUUUCCAUCGACAGUUUUUAGUACGGUGUUUUUGUCAGCUGUCCUACUGCUCCGGGUUCUGACUAUUUGCUGUAUUCCUCGGUGGGUUGUUUUUUCUUGAUUUUAGAUCGGAUAGAGUGAAAUGGCACAAUUUGAGUUCAAUUCAAUCUCCGUUUUCUUUCAGCAAACGGGGUUGGCAGUUGUAACAACGAAUCGUAGGCAAAAAUGGAUGGAAAUGGGGCGAUUUGCAAAAUAUGAUGCGAUGAAAGUUGAAAAUUCCGAGAAGUGUCAUUGGGAAGCAAGAAAUUUUAUUGAUUUGGGAUGCGUAAGUGAAGUCUGAGAUGAGAGACGUCAAAAGUCGUUUUCAGCUGUUCAAAGUGUUGGAUGAUUAUAAUGAUCCUAACAAGCUUGUUUUGGAGCUUCCUGCUGUUGUCAACCGUAUUUCUUCGUCUAUUCGAUGCGCCUGGCUUUGGAACGAUUUUGUUGGUAGGUUUCGAGAUUGAACAAGAAACUUUUGAUUUUUUUUUUAAAGUUGAAAACAGAGCAAAUUUUUUGGAUAAGCCUUCAAUAGGGUUGCCGUUUAGUUUUUAAGUUCCGAAAAAAAGUUAUUAGAUUUCACACCAUCUCCUAGUAUACUGUAAUAAGUAUUAAGAGAAAUAGAAAUGAGUUUCUGACACGCAAAGUUCCCACGCGUCAUUAGCUUUCAUUGGAUUGUUUUCUCAGGACGAAUUUACGUGCCCAGUGCUCAGUACAUGCGGUCUCUGAAGGCGAUGACGUGUGUCAGAAUCCGCGCCUAUUGGGCCGGGACGUUCGAAGACGUGCCCUGGAACGCGACACACAUCGAGGUACAGCUGUCCCGUUUUAGGGCUCCUCAAAGAUUUUUUCCGGCUGCAGUUUAUCGGCGAGGAUGACGUCACCCGCUCGGCUUUCUCGCAGCUGCUGCGCACCGACGACGACUGGGUGGUGAGUGGGAAAAGAGCAAUCCGAAAGGAGGAAAUGAACUUUUUUCUGGGGAAGAGAAAGAAAUUAUCAUUUUCCGGAAUUAUUUUUUUUUUAAUAUCUUGUUCAGUUGAGCUCCCAAGUUUUAGCAGGGUUCAGAUUGACUCACGGUUUUUGGAUUUUCAAGCUGCUGGACUUUGACAUCACCUUUCAUAAAUAAAGUCGUCGAAUUAAGAUUUUGAGAAAUAGAACAAUCUCUUGCAAAUUAAUUCAAAUCAUGUGACAGGAUUCAUGUGGUGAUUUCAAAAUUCUGUAAAUUCUGUUUCCCAAUUUUAAUAACUUUUCAAUGAAAGUUCAAUCAGAUCUCAUGGGAAAGGUUAAAGCGAACAAAAUUUCCCCAUCCUUUGACUUUGAAUACUGGACAAAAAAAAUUUACGAAAACAAGAAAGUUAAACAUUUCCAAACCGGAGAAGUUUUGGUCAAGACUCUAUAAAUCGUUUUCCUUCAUUCUUUUAUGAAAUGGAGUUCAGGUUAAGUACAUUCAAGCGCAACAAGGCCAGAAUUUCUAUGGUUUUUUGGACAACCCGAAGUAUGGAUCGGCUUUCAUCGCUUGGACGGAUUUGACUGAAGGCGAGGUGCCGCCGCAAGUGAACACCAAGUGCAGGUGCCCAUUUACGGUGUGAACCGACGUGAUUCGACUCUUUCUCUAGAGUUACUGUGUACCAUCAACAACGCGACAAGAAACAUGCCUGGCGCGCUGUUUUGGUGACGCCUCUGGACGAAAAUGCUCAGCCAGUCUACUACCAUCCUAUUUACAACCACACUGGUCAACUCACGCUCCCCGAGCCUUUCGUCGUUCGUUUCGUCUUCAAUUUUCUUAUUGAAAAUGACGUUAGGAACAUGAGGCUUAAAAAAAGUUAAUUGAGUAGACUUGUUCUGCACUGGCUGUGAUCAAGUUUUCGUAUCCUAUUAAAGUUUCAACCGUAUCUGUUUCAGGCAAGAAGCCUCUAUUUUGAACACUUUUUCGAAACUAAUUGCAAAGUUGUUUGAAAACUUCAACGCUUUUUUUUCAACGAAAUGACCAGCAGCUGAUAAUUUCAGAUUGCAAAAUUAACAUUCAAGUGAAGUUUUCCAGAACUUCGUCGCAUGUUAAUGAGCGAAGUCAAAAAAGUUUUGAUUUGUAAGAAAAAGUCAAAUGGUUCAAAAAAACAGACAAUAUAGGUGUACCGUCGAUAGAACAAUACUUCUCGGAUAGAUGAAAAAUAAUCUUCCGCAAUGAUCAAUUUCAAUUUUUGAUAUCAAGCUUAUUGCCUCAAUCGGGAAAAGUUUUGUAACCGUAUUAAAUUUUACUGUAAAUGCUUCAUAAAUUAGCCUAUCCUUCGGCCGAAGUUUGGGUACUGUAUCAUAGAUGGAACAUCUUUCAGCCCCCGCAGGCUUCGCCGCCGCGAGCAGCUCCAAUUGCUGCGCCUCCUGGGAUUCCGCCGUUGCCGAACCCGUCGUUUGGAGUGAUUGGAAGCGGCUUGACCAACGGACACAGUCACCUGCCGCCAUCUCCGCCAGCCUCCACGGACUCCCCGGCGCCUCCAAAUGCCGUCGCCUCACCGCCUCCGAAGGCUCCCGAGGAGAACCCGACGGUGUCGCUUGAUCUCGGCUCUCUGCGUCUUCCAGAUCUCUCUUCUUCCAUGUUUCCGUGGAACAACAACGACUUAUUGGCUAGCACCUGGUCGAACACUCUUAGCUCUUCUGUCGGCCGAGAGAAUAACGUCAACUUCAUGUCGCCCUUUGAAGAAAGCACGUUUGGAAUGAACUUGUAUGAAGGCUUCCUUCCGUGGUAAAUUUUCCUUCCUACUUAUUGAAAGACGAUAACCAUUUUCGAAGUCGACAUCCAGAUAUCUGAUUCGACUUUUCAAUGAUAAAAUACAAUAAAACGAAGCCCAUCACUUGAAAAGGGCCUCAAAAGCUGAAAAGGAGUUGAUUUUUCAAAUUGAGAAUAAUGGAGCGACAAGCCGAAAAAUUCUUUUAAGUCAAACUUUCUCCUCAAAUCUUCCAAUUUUCCCCAGUUUUUUUCUGAUCUUCUUUGCCUGUCAGUGUUCUUGGUUUUAAUCAACUAUUUUCGUUAAAAUUCCAAAAAAAUACGACAAACUUUCAUCCACCAAAAUUGUAACGAUAAUGUUUGCUUUAGGAAAAAAGACGCUGAGACUCAGACGGAUGUGAUGCCUGAAGUGAAAAUCUUACAAGACUUGCUGCGUUGCGCUCAAUGGAAAAAUUUGAUAGCUGAACGGUUUCCUGAACAAUUUGCCAAACUUCAAGAACAUCGCUUGAAAUAACUCACGAGCACACACAUUUUUCUGCCUUUUUCCUUGUAAUGUAAGUGUUUUAUCGGUUCUUACUUAUAAAUCAGUCGCCUUUUUACUUUUAAAGAAAUUUUGUCGCAUUUAAUGAUUCCCUCCCUGCUUGUAGCUUGCACAAUUGAAUAUGUUUAGUAUUUCCUUCCCUAAAUUAGUUUAAUUCAUGUAAUAUCGAUUAACUUGUGUAAAAAAACAGUACUUGUAAAUGUGACGUGCUGCUUUUUGCGGGGCCGAAACCCCGGAAAACUUUCAAUACCAAGGAUGGAGGUUCAACCCUUCGGAGAUUGAGGAGAGUGUUUUAAAGAAAGAAAGAUUUUUGAGUUUUGUUUUUCUUGUUGUUUUUUCAUAUUGUUAGAUCUGCAUUUAUGCAAUUACCAAUUUUUCUGAUUUUACCGUUUUGAGUAGUUUGUUGUCGAAUCUUAGUGUAAGUUUUGUGUGGACUCCUAGAAGGAUUGAAAGAUUGUUCUUUUUUCAUUUUUCUUUUCAUUCUUUCGUGUAUUUCUUUCGUACGAGCUAAUCAAUUUCGCACGUUUGAAAGUUUAUACUGCAAUAAAAUUGACUAACCAUUUUUUUUUGCUUGUUUUGCAAAACUCUGACGGGAAAAAAACAUUCGCAGGAAAUUCAAGUUUUCAGUUUUUUCAAAUUUUUUCUGUUUCAUAAUAUCAAUCAAAUACCCAUACAUCGAUGUCAAGACUAAAGUAAAAAAAUUUGACAAACCGGAACUUUUAGAGAGGAUACUGUAAAACAGAAAUUCGACUUCAAUGCAGUUUUUUUUUAAUAAAAGAAGUUGAAAAAAUCAGAGGUAAAGUGUUUUUAAUUAAAUUUUUCAUUUGGAGAGUUAGGUAAAUGUUUUCUCUCCGAAUUUACGACGACGAGGUGUUGCGAAGAAGGCGCCGUGGGAAAGAAGAAAAGACGAUGUCGGUACUCGAAUACCGGCCCUCGCCGACCCACAUUUCCAUGAGAACCUCUUUGACCAUCCAAUUUCUCCUAUUUGAAUCGAUUUCUCAAUAUUUUUCUACUGUUUUGUUUAUUUUAAGCUUCCAAUUUAUACUUUGAUGAAUAGCUUCGUUUCAAACGAGUGAAAAAAAAAUUGGAAAAAAAAUUCCAGACUCGGGUCAAUUUUAUUGGGAUAAGUGUUUUGAAUACGAAUAUAUUCGGAUUCGAAGCAGUCUUGAGAUCUUAUUGACACUUCCCGAAUUGGCUGUUUUCCCUAUUGUUUGUCCAUCGGAUCACGUAUCUUUCAAACGCGCUUCGCACUUUCUCAGAUUCAGACAAAUUGUAUGAAAACCUUCAUUCGUUCUGUUUGAGUUAUCACUUUUCUUUUGGAAAUUUUUUUUUGAUGACCUCAUGAAUUUUUUUUUGUUUAAAAGUUUGUAGAAAAUGACGUAGAGCUACACUGCGAAUCAUGAUUUUCAGUUUAUAAUCAGUCUAGAAAUAACGAUCAGGUUUUAGAUUUCAACAAUUUUUCGAAGAAGCGAAGGUUUCUGUGAAUGAAUUCAAAUUAUCUUCUUUUACGCUCUGAUUCGCUUUUCGUCUUUUUUUUCUGAAAUUUCUUCGUCUUUUCGUUGAUCGAUACCCUUCCUAAGAAUUCAGACAUUUCUGGGCUCUCCUUUUUCUCGUCAGGCUAUUCCAUUUUUGGUGGAGAAAAUAAAAAUGCAGAAUUGAAAAAUCGGAGUGAAACUCUACAAAAGUUCUUUGAAUUUUUUUUCGGAUUCAAGAAAACAGAAUGCAGAGAUGAGGAGAUGAACCGAGCAGCGGGGCAGUAUCUUCGGACUGUGGUGGUCCCUUUGGCCACCGUCUACGUCAUCCUUCACGUCGUCUUCUACCUUCAUUCUUUGGUCAACGUCGACAAUGUACGCGUCGACUUCAAGGUUCUUGAAUUCUUCUUUUUGGAAAUCCGAGGUUUUUCUUUUCAGAACCUCAAGGAAGGACCUCUGGUCAUGAAAGAUGGAAUGGUGGUCAAGUCGGGGAAAAUAAUAAAAGGCAUCGGCCGCGGUAGACUCGCCUACGACGCCAAGCUUUCUAAACGUUGGAGUCUCACUUCAGCCCGUUUUCAUGACCAUUUCUUCAGAACAGUUCCAUUCCAAGGCCGCGGUAGAAGAAAAGGUGCCCAGCAUCGACUUGUUCCAUAAAAUUGUGAAAAUCUUGUUUUCAUCCAACCUAAUUAGCGCUUUCAGUAUUUGAAAAACACAGCGAAGAAGAAGUACAAAAAUGGCAACGGAACCGAUUUCGUGUAUUUUUUGUUUGUUAACGACGCCUACGAAAGACUCACUAGGAAUUGGCUCUGCAACACCGCCGUCAUUCCAGUAGGUUUUCUUUUCUAGGAGUAUUUUGAAUCUAUUUUCGCUUUCAGAUUUAUUUUCUUUCUUUAGCUGUAUUUUUAUUGCUGUUUCGGGCAGUUCAACUUCAAAAUCGUUGAAGAAAAAGCCUUGAAGCGACACAAAAACGCAAACUAAGCAUCAUAAACUAAUUUUUUAACGACACUUCGCUGAUAAGUGAUCAAAAAGUUUAGUAACCACUGGUCUAUAAGAAUUCUGUGUUAAGGUUCUCUAUUUGUUCGCUCUUUGAUUCAAAGUUUGUUUUUAUUAUUUGUCCAACUCAAAAAAGGGCUUUAAAACUCAAAAAGGGUUUCAAAAAUUAUCCAAAUAACCCCUGAAACGAGAAGUGGUUUCCAAGUUUUCUUUACUUGAGGUUUUCAUCUCUCCCAUCUAUAAUGAACAUGUUAUUUAAAAAACUUUAAUCGUAAGCUGGAAAUUUUGUAGGGAAUCCACGAAAACCUGAUCGUGAUGAGCCUCGAGCAGCAGGUCUGCGACACGAUCCACGAUGAAUGGGACAACGUGGUAUCCUCUCCACGGGGAAAAACUCUAAUUCUUCUUUUCCCAGGUCGAAUGCCUAACGAUCAAGAUCAACAACUACAAAGAAGCUUUGGAUUGGGGAGCUCAGAAGUACAUCAACAUGUUGACGAUGCGCGCACAGAUGAUGCUCAUGAUUGCCGAGGUAGGAGUCCUUAGUUGAUGGAGGAGAGCUGAGCUGAAGAAGGCAUACUAGACGGACGUCCCUUUCGUCGUGGUCGAGUCCGACGCCGUCUGGUUUUCGGAUCCAGCGCCUCUUUUCCGCAACCGAAGCGCUGCCGAAGACGCUGACAUCAUCGUGCCGGUGAAAGGUCACGUCGAGAAGGGAGAUGCUCUGGCCUUCAGUCCGAUGCUCGCUUUGGCCACAAAUGCCACGAAAACCCUGCUCGCAGAGCUCGUCCGGCGUCUGGAGGCAGAUCCUACCUCUUAUGAUCAGGUCAGAUCUUUCAUUUGGCAGUUUUCGACUUAUAAACCAAGAAGAAAAUCAGAAUCGAAAAAUGCUUGGAACUUUUACUAUGCUGACUAUAUUUGAGGCGUCUGUCAGAGAUCAAAUUUUUUUAAGCUAUAACUUAGUGUGCAAUUUUGACAAUCUUGGCGGAAUGAAAUUUCUCUGGAGAGACUUUUUUUUUGUUGAGGACGUCCUGAACGAGUUGUGCUCGAAGCAAUUCAACGGAGUCGUCUGCCGAACAUUCGAAUACAACGAGAUCUCCGAUGGAAAAUGGUAAAUAUUUCAUCUGGACUCCUCUUCAGAACAUUUUUUCUUCAACUUUUCAAACUGUAUCGCUUCGAGUUGAACAUUAGUUAAACCUUUUUUGGAAAAGGUAAUUUAUCUUGGAAGAUUAGUAAACUGCAUUUUAGCUGUGCCAGAAAACCGAAAGUUUGUUUCCUUGUCGAAGAGGUUGGAAGCCUGAUCUUCAAAAGUGUAAAAAUCUUUCUCUGUACUCUUGUGAAGGACCGGUAAUGUUUACAAAAGAGUGGAGCUCAAGUUGAAAAAAGCUUCGAAACGAUAACUUCCAGAAGCAGGAGUUUCGUUUUCAACGUUCCCUCAGAAAGGGAGCAACCUUGGAUUUUCAGGUUCAAGUUGAGUGAGAACGAGAAGAAGCAGACGCGUCCGGUGAUCGUCAACAACAACUUCUACGUCGGCGUCAAGCACAAGGAGUCGCGACAAGCCCUCGCUGGACUGUGGUUCCUGUCGACGCGCGGCCAGCACUGCCUCCUGGGCAAGACUCGUCGGAUGCUCCGCGAGUUUUUCGAGCCGCCCGUCGUCGCUUAA